UCUGUGAUCAAAAGAUAACUGUUUUAUCUAAAUCGGGUGUUGAACAAAGUUAGUUGUACUCAAUUUUAAAACUUGACAUGCAUAUAUAUGUAAGCUCUCAAUACAGCAACAUUUUUACAGAAGGUAAAUAACGUAACCCGCCGAUAAAUUCACAUGAGCUCCAUUCUUUAGUAACCGUUAGUUGGCGCUGCUUCAUUUUACUUUUGAUUUCCACAGUGUUGUUAUAUUUCUAUACUGCCAACUUUGAACAGUAUUUUGGUGUUUUAUAGAUCUUGUAUAUCGUUUUAAAAAUAAAUGGAUGGUUCUACAGUGUCAAGUGCAGUUACUCAAGCAUCACGCCGUGGUAGGACUGAAAGAAAUUCGCAGUUCGUUGUCGGUUCUAUAAUUCGAAUUAAUGUGCAAAAUUUUCUCACUUACGACCAGUGUACGUUCCGUUUUAAUCCCAAACUGAACGUUAUUAUUGGACCAAAUGGAACUGGCAAGUCUAGUAUAGUUUGUGCAAUAUGCAUUGGACUUGCAGGACGGACAAGUUUGCUUGCUCGUGCAAAGGAAAUCGGCGAUUACAUUCAACAUGGGAAACAGCAAGCUACAAUUGAAGUGGAACUUUAUAACGUUCCACACUGUGCAAUAAUUCGUAGAACUUUAAGCCACGGGCAGAAUGGUAAAACUGCAUCAACAUGGCAUUUGAAUGGGAACCAGGUCAAUGUAAAGCAAAUAGAAGAAACAGUAGGAAAACUGAAUAUUCAGCUUUCGAAUCUGUGCCAGUUCCUACCUCAAGAGCGGGUUUCGGAUUUUUCAAAGAUGAAUAAAAUUGAUUUGCUUGAAAAUACGCAGCAAGCUGUCUGUUCGACUCAAAUGCUUGAAGACCAUAAAUGGCUGAAGGAUUUUCGCCUGAUGGAAAAAGAGAUGGAUUUACGAAGAGAGAAUGAUCAAGCUUAUCUGGAUAAACUGAAACAGAAAAACGAGAGAGUUGAGCAAGAUGUAGUUCGGUAUAAAGAACGGAAAAAAUUAAUUGAUCAGCUUGACACUUUGGACAAGAAGCAUGCUUGGACAGUGUAUGAAGCUACACGAAACAAAUUCGUUGAGAAAAAAAGAAUUUGUUCUGAUUUACACGCCAAAAACGAAGAAGCAAAAAAAGAAACUUUACCUUAUGUUAAAUCUUGUGAAAAGCUCGUGGAAAAAAUGGUGGAAAUAAAUAAGUCAAUGUCUAAGACAAGUGAAGAGCUAAAAGCCACUGCAAAUAAAACGAAAACUAUUCACAACGAAAUUAAUGAUAAGGAUGAAAGCGUGGCCGAGAAAUGGUCCCAAUUUAAAGAAUUGGAAAAAGACGAAAAUGGAAGAAUGAAAAAAAUUGAUCAUUACAAACUACAGAUUAAUGGAUGGACAGAUGAGCUGGAUCAAUUGGAGGACACUGAUGUGGAUUCUGAUAUUAAUGAUUUGAAUCACAAAAUUCACGCUACAGUUACUGCAAUUGCUAAUUUCGAGCAUGAAUCAAAUUCCAUUAUUGAGCGUGGAAAGUCAAGGCAUUGGGAAAUUCAAAAUUGCGAAAAACGGUUGGCCAAACUUAACAAUAUGAGCAGUAUGAGGCUUGAGAUGCUGCAUAGACUGAAUAAGCAUUGUUAUAAUGCAAUAAUUUGGCUGAGAGAAAAUAAAGGCAUGUUCAAAGGUGUCAUACAUGAGCCUAUUAUUCUUCUUAUAAACAUGAAAGAUCCAAAACAUGCAGAACUGGUGGAGAACCAUAUCGCUAUGAGGGAUUUGCAGGCAUUUGUCUGUGAAGAGUCAGAAGAUAAUGACUUGUUUAUAAGAGAACUGAGAGAAAAACAGAACAUUAAAAUUAAUGUUGUGAAAGCGCCAAGGUCCAAUGGUGUGCUUAUAAGCAGCAAAGGUUUUCAACCAAAACGACAAAUUAAGGACUUGAAAAAGUGGGGGUUUACAUCUUACCUAAGGGACUUGUUUGACGCACCAGACUCUGUGAUGGCGUUUCUUUGUAAGCAGUAUCGUGUGCAUGAUGUGCCAAUUGGCUCCGAUUUGACGCGGUCCCAUGUGGAACAAGUCACCCAGACCAGUGGGAUUGGUUUGUUCUUCAUACCAAGUAUUGGAGAUACACCUGGGUGUAGGUAUUCUGUUAAAAGGUCCAAGUACAGUUCAAACUGUGUUGUUGGAAAUACAUGUUUACGAAAACCACAGUGUCUUAAUAUAAACAUUGACCCAGUUGAAAUAGAAACCGUACAGAACGAAAUGCAUUCGCUGAAGCAAGAAUCAAACCAAGAAACUGUGAGACUUCAGGAGUUAAAAAAGAAAACCAAAACGAUGGAAAUUCAGGACAAUGAGUUGAGAAAAAAGAAGAAAUCGCUGCAGCAACAAAUGAACCAACGGAAAACAUUGCAAAAUAAGAUAAAAUUGAAAGAAGCAAAUGUUGCUGAGUUAGAGACGUCUUUUGUCAACCUAAAAGACCUGAGAGAACAAGUUCAACAAGAAGUUAAUGAGAUUAUACUGGAACGAAGAGAUCUUGUGAUUAAGUUUGUUAAAACCAUAACAGAAUGUGUUGACAAGUCAGUAAAAAAGGGCUGGCUGCAAGCGAAAUAUGCAGCGCAUAUAAGGCAGAAGACAAAGGUGGAAGAAAAGAUAUACGAAGUGGAACGGAAAAACGUGGAGUUGAAGCGGAAAGUUGAGAGCGCUGAGGAAGAUAAAAAGGAGUUGCAGAAACAAGCUAAACAAUUGCUGGCUGAAGCGAAAACGAAAACUGGAGGCAACCCAGACCAUUUGUCGAUUGUGUUUUCAUCUUUGCCGAACUCCCUCACUGAUAUUGAGAAUAUGAUGCACGAUUACAGAUCGCGUCUUGAAUGCUGCGGCGAUACAGACCCGAAAGCUUUUGAAGAAUUUAACUCGAGAAAAGCGGAAAUUGAGAAGUUGUGUGUGAAGGUUUCGAAAUUGGAGAAGGAGCUUCUGGCGCACAGAGCUGACCGUGAUGUCGUGCGUGAUAGAUGGAUGUCAGCUCUUCAAAAAAUUAUCUCAAAAGUUAAUUCCAGUUUUUCCAAAUAUUUUGCCUCCAUGGGUUGUUCAGGAGAAGUAGAUCUUCAUACCGAUUUCCCCGAUGAUUUCGAUAAAUACGGGAUUCGCAUCCGAGUGAAAUUUAGAGCAUCUUCCUCACUUCAAGAGCUCAAUCCUUUUCGCCAGAGUGGGGGAGAACGCAGUGUCUCGACGAUGCUGUAUUUAGUAGCUCUACAAAGCAUAUACAACUGCCCAUUUCGGCUUGUGGAUGAAAUAAACCAAGGUAUGGACCCUUACAACGAACGCAGAGUGUUUGAAGUCAUUGUUAGUUCAUCUUCAGAGGCCUCCACGUCUCAAUACUUUCUCAUCACGCCAAAGUUGCUUCCCAACCUUACGUACAACAACCAUAUGAGUGUGCAUUGUGUUUACAAUGGUGCUGAAAUGCUGCCUCAUAACAAUUGGAAAAUCUCGCGCUUUAUUCGCCGUCGUAAGCAAUUAAAAUAUGAAGAUGAAGAAUGAAGAAUUUCACUUUUUACAUUUAAAUACUUUGCCCUUAAAGAUUUUUUCUAUCUUAGUAAACUGUUUAAGACUAAGUCUCUGUUUUAAAAAAAAACCUACAAUAGUUCAUGGCUGCUUGAAAAUUGAACUUGUUGUACUACUAUAUUUUCUUCACUUUUGUACUAUAACACUUGCCUAUUGCUGCUGCUGUACAGUGUUUUUAUUCAUUUUUCACUUUCUAUUCAUUCUACCAUUUAUAAUAGAAGGUGCCUUAUGUACAUGUGAGUGUAUUUUAACUCCUACAAUUCGAUGACAUAAAAAUUCUGUUACAAUUCUGUUCAUAGAAAGAUUAUGUUUUCUGCCAAGUUCGUUUUGAUAUCAUUCACUUCAGUUUUGUUCUUGAAUUCCAG